UGAUCCCCCACUCUCCCAACCCCGCAGACCCUGCCCCAGCUAUGGCUCCUGGGGCUCCCUCGUCCAGCCCCAGGCCUAUUCUGGCUGCGCUGAUCUUCCUCUCUUUGGUGCUAUCCCCGGCCCAGGCCAUCGUGGUUUACACGGACAGGGAGGUCUACGGCGCGGUGGGCUCCCGAGUGACCCUGCACUGCUCCUUCUGGUCCAGCGAGUGGGUCUCAGAUGACAUUUCCUUCACCUGGCGCUACCAGCCGGAAGGGGGCCGCGAUGCCAUCUCGAUCUUCCACUAUGCCAAGGGACAGCCCUACAUCGACGAGGUGGGAGCCUUCAAGGAGCGCAUCCAGUGGGUAGGGGACCCUCGCUGGAAGGAUGGCUCCAUUGUCAUCCACAAUCUGGACUACAGCGACAACGGCACUUUCACCUGUGACGUCAAGAACCCACCAGACAUAGUGGGAAAGACCUCCCAGGUCACACUCUACGUCUUCGAAAAAGUGCCAACUCGCUACGGGGUGGUGCUGGGCGCCGUCAUCGGGGGCGUGCUGGGCGGGGUGCUCCUGCUACUGCUGCUGUACUACCUGGUCCGGUACUGCUGGCUGCGCAGGCAGGCGACCCUGCAGAGGAGGCUCAGCGCCAUGGAGAAGGGGAAACUGCACAAGGCCGGGAAGGACUCGUCCAAGCGCGGCCGGCAGACGCCGGUGCUGUACGCCAUGCUGGACCACAGCAGAAGCACCAGAGCGGCCAGUGAGAAGAAGUCCAAGGGGCUGGGGGAGUCUCGCAAGGAUAAGAAAUAGCGGUUAGCGGGCCGGGCGGGGGCUCGGGGGCCAGGGGCGGAGUCUUCCAAAGGCGCUCAGGUGGUGGUCAUCGAGAUGGAGCUUCGAAAGGAUGAGCAGAGCGCCGAGCUCAGGCCUGCUGUCAAGUCCCCCAGCAGAACCAGCCUCAAGAACGCCCUCAAGAACAUGAUGGGCCUGGACUCGGACAAGUGACCAGCCCCGGGCCCUGCCAGAGCUGGGGUACCUAGGCUCCUCUCACGUCUAGGUGCUUCCUCCUCAGCCCCAGCCCUGCCCUGCCCUGCCCUCACUUCCCUCUGAGAUGUAAGUUUCAUUCCAAAAUUCAUUCCCCAGGCACGUCAUAUUCUCCCCCACCUUCACCCCCUGGCUUUCUGGGAGUCCAGGGCCUGAUCCUACCCUGCACCGCCCCCAAGGACUGUGUGUUUGGUGCCUGUGCCUCCGGCACCGAGAAGAAAGGGACCUUGCUACCCCACGCCUCGACUCCAGGCCACCUGCACCCCACCCCUGCACCCCCAGCCUGUCCCCCGGCCUCCUCCCUCUG